AUGGAUUCUUCAGCUACUGAGGCAUUUCCCCAAAUUCAGGAAAUAUUACUGGAGUUUCAUGCAGGGAAAAUGCUUUUGGAGGGAAACCGUGUUAUCCCUGAUUCUCGUAAAGGACUUGUUCGAAUAGGAAGGGGUGAAGAAGGGCUAAUCCAUUUUCAGUGGCUGGAUCGAUCUUUGCACAUUGUUGAAGAUGACCAAAUUAUCUUUCCAGAUGAAGCAAUUUUUGAAAAGGUGAAUCAAUCUUCUGGAAGGGUUUACAUCCUGAAGUUUCAUACGGAUGACAGGAAGUUCUUCUUUUGGAUGCAGGAAACCAAAUCUGAAAUUGAUACACAGUUAUGUACCUCCGUCAAUUUGUACCUGAAUCAGCCUCUAGAGUUAAGUGAUGAAGAGGAGCCCGACGCUUCAGUCCCUGCACCGAUUUCUGAAGAUAUGGUGGAAGAAGAUAUUUCAUCAAGGGCUGGUAAUUUGGUGGGCUCUGGCAUGGGUGCUGAAGGAACUAGUGAAGUAACCUCUUCCGGACCAGUAAAGUUGGCAGAUCUGCAGAGAAUAUUAAGUAACAUAGGGUCAGCAGAUGAAGCAGGAGAUCCAGAGGCAGGCUUGGGAUUAGGUGAUAUUUUGAAGCCAGAGUUUAUAUUGCCACUUAUUGAUGAACUUCCAUUGGAACAACAAUUGGCGCCAUACUUACCUGAGGGUCAAUGGACUUUGGAGGAGUUAAUAGAAUUGCUACAGAGCCCUCCAUUCCGCCAACAAUUAGAUUCAUUUACAUAUGUGCUGCGAACUGGGCAGGUAGAUCUGACUCAGUUUGGAAUCGAUCCAAGCAAAUACAAGUUCACCGUGCCUUCAUUUCUUGAGGCACUUGAAGAUUCUGUUUCCGAUGAGUCAGGUCAAUUGGGCAGUGAUUUAAGAUCUCAGACAUGCAACCGUGGUGAUCCAGUGGAUGAAGGCCAAUAG